AUGUCAAAGUUUUACUUUACAACAUUUUUGGCAGUUUUUGCAUCUUUCGUGAACCCGCAGACGCUCUCCGAUGACUGCCUGGAGUGCAUGUGCUACGAGCCACAGAAUUUUAAAGAGCGUAUUUUCCAGGCAUCCAGCGAUGGCUGCGUAAUGCCUGACCCCGUUUGCACCGACGGAGAGAUGGGAGAGGUCUGUGGUCCCUUUGCCAUUACUCGGAUUUACUGGAUGGAGGCUGGAUGGUUCGGCGGAGAAUUCCACAACUGCGUGGAAGACUGGCAGUGCAACGAGGACACCGUUCGGGGAUACCUGGCGAAGUUCGUCACUGACGCUAACGCCACCUGCGAAGAUUUCGCCAGAACACACGUCGGAGGACCUCACGGGCCGCACACGGACGCCACUUUGCCUUAUUGGCACGAAGUCCAGACUUGUCUGGAUAAUUCCACCUUUACGGUCUACCCUGAGGAGGACUUGGACUGA